ACCAUUUUUCGAUUGUAAAAAUACUGGGGGAACUUUAGGACAACCUUUUGAAAUUUAAAAAAUAACCAAAAAAAAAAAUACGGGCCCAUUAUGGAGGAGAAAACAUUUUGGCGACUGCAGCAGGCCCAUCAGCGUCAACGGAAGGAGUGGGACAGGAUUGGGAGACGCCUCAAGCGGCUGACGGGCAAGCGAUCCAGCGACCUGCUCCUCCACGAUCCGCUCCUGCAGCCGCCCUACGCCGCCGAUCCCGGCCAGCAGAUGUGGAUGCGGAUGAGCGGCGGUCAGCAGGUGGCCAUGCCGAUGAACCAAAAACAGGCGACGACACAGAAAAGAAGGAAUCAACCGCACAAAUCCUUUAAGUUCUCAUCAUCCAAGGACAAUCUGCUUGUCGUGGGUCAUCGGCUGCAAAUGCAUCAGCCGCCAGGUCGGCGGCAUGUGCAGCUCCAGGAUGCCACAGGAUCCUCCCAGCCCCGCCAGCAAAUGGAGGAGUAUGUCUAUUUCUAUCCCGUCAACUGUUGUGAGUUGGAGCACGGGAGUCCUCCUGGUCAGGUGGAGGAACCCUACCUCGUGGUGGAUCCUCGUUUUAUGGCCGAGCUGCUAGACGAACUACUCUUGGACGCUGGCAAACCCAUUUGACUUGUA